ACACUCUGUAGCACUAUGGCACACGGAACGUCACUGCAGCCACCCUCUUACUCGAAUGAGAUCAAGGUCGCAUUCCCACAGGAACAUGUCAUCCUCCUCACCUUGAACCGUCCCAAGUCGCUCAAUGCGAUCACCCCUACGAUGACGGCUGACAUCAAGGCCGUGCUCGACUGGUUUGACAACGAGCCCAGUCUAUGGAUCGCAAUUAUCACGGGCGAAGGACGCGCUUUCUGCGCUGGCGCCGAUCUCGUUGCGUGGAACAAACGUCAGGCCAGCGGCGGGGCCGAGUCGGACCAGCAGAGCAUCAUCGACAACGUGGACGGCUUCGCUUCCGUCUCAAGGCGGUAUUCCACCUGCAAGCCCAUCAUCGCCGCGGUCAACGGCGGUGCGUACGGCGGAGGAGUCGAGACCAUCCUCAACUGUGACUUGGUCGUGGCGAGCGAGAACGCCAAGUUCGCACUCCCCGAAGUCAAGCGGGGGGUCGUCGCGGUGCAAGGAGGCAUGCCGAGGCUGUCUCGGACCGCCGGACAUCAGCUUGCGAGCGAGAUGCUGCUCCUUGGCAAGACCAUUACUGCAAAAGACGCUGCGAAGAGAUUCGGCUUUGUCAACAAGGUCGUACCACAAGGCGAAGUGCUCUCGACAGCGCUAGCGUGGGCCGCGGAGAUCAACGCGAACAGUCCGGACGCUGUCCAAAGCACGAAGCGCGCUCUGUUGCUCGCUAGCCGGAACGGAAGCAUAGAAGACGCCGUCGUCGCACACAUAAAGUCCAAGGAAAGCAAGCGCGCUUUCACGAGCGAGAACAUCCAGGAGGGCCUCCAGGCGUUUAUCCAGAAACGCAAACCGUCAUGGAAGAACCCGGCAAAGUUGUGAACGUCUCAGUCGCGUGUCGGGGAUUGCACAUGGAAUCACCUGUUUUUUCUGUUGUUUGUUGUAUGCUCUCGCGGGUCUUGCACAUCUGUAUACUAGUGCUACUGUGAUUCGUACGAAUGGACAUGGACCGG